UCAAGGAUUUGCGAGAGUUUAUCGAGACAGUCGGGGUGGCUGAUAAUGAUGGCGAACCUCUGAACGAAGGAGGGUGUAUGAGAUACGUCGUAGUGCAGAGUCAUUGUCACUACGAUCAUAUUUGUAGGUUCUGCCACUAUUAUUGAUACAGCUGCUCUGAAUCAUCACUGUAGUGGGCAUGAAGUCGUUUGCAGCCGAUUCCCAAAUCCUUGCAUCAUCACAUUCCCCGUCCUUUUUAUCUCCAAAAAACUUUCCCGAGAACUCCCUUUGCAACGCUUUAGGUAUUCACACACCAUCUUACCCUUUCAGGCUCGUGCCUCAUCUCCACCAAAUUGUUUCUGGAGACCAAUCGAAUGGUACUGGUACACCAUUGGGAAUACAGGUGUUGCAUACGCCUGGUCAUACUCCAGAUGAACUUGCACUCUGGGAUGACUCGGAGAAAAUGUUGUAUGUGGGAGAUACUCUGUACGAGUACGACAACAUAAUAUUCCCAAACGAAGGGUCCAUCGUAACUUGGUUCUCCACCGUGGACUAUCUCAUUUCGUUCGUUCAAUCUCAUAGUGAGGCCUCUCGGGAAUGUCCAGCAGCAUUGGUGGAUGUCAGAAUUAACUGUGGUCACGCCACCGCGUGUGGGCCAGCUUUGGAAGUACUUCAGUUGACGAGGGAUUUUAUGAUGGACGUCGUUUCAGGAAGAGAGAAGGUGCAGAGUAGAAUAAGAAAGAGGGGUGCAUGGACAGUACAAUACAGGCAGAGUGGAGGCCGUCUUGCAUUAACAUGUCCUGAACAAUUAGUGCUGGAGGCAAGAAACAAAAUGUUGUCAGUAUAAUGUGUAUACACGUGGAUUAAAAAGAAUGUGAUGGGUACUGACGAGCAUGAAG